CAGCAUUUUCUCAGGGGUUGCUCUUUUAUGAGAACCUCCUGCGCUGUCUCUCCUAAUCCUGUGUGGUUGUGAGAACUAUUUCAGUGCCACACCACUUCAUCUGGAGCCUGAACAGGGACCUGAAGGCCGACUGCACACCUGUUCCUCAAGCCCGAGCAAGGGGGAAAAGGACCACUCUUCAUCCAGAAAUUGGAGACACUUGGGUUCUGAACAGCCUCAUCAAGGUGAGGAAACUGAGGCCCAGAGAGUGACUUGACCAGGGUCCUCUCCAACAUGCAGAGCCCUGCCAUCAUAUCUCUGUUGCUUGUGUCCAUGGGCCUCAUGGAAGCACUCCAGGCCCAGAGCCACCCCGUCAUACGACGACACCUCCUCUCUCAAGAAAUGCCCCUAGACAUGGCCCAGGACUCAUUUGAUGACCAGUAUGUUGGCUGUGCCAAAGCCAUGGCAGCUGCUCUCCCGGAUCUCAACCGCACAGAGUUCCAGGAAAACAAAGUGUACGCCGAUGGCUGGGCCAAGGCAAGCAGCCGGUGGCGGGAGCUCCAGGCCUGGGGGCUCAAUACCCGUUUGGACCCACCCAAGGGCUUCCGGGAAGAGCACGGGGUGGCCCUCCUGGCUUACACGGCCCGCGGCCCCUUAUACAAAAAAUUCAAUGAGGCCGUGCGUGAGGCGGGUUGCUCCCGGGCCCACUACCUCCAGCGCUUCUCCUUUAAGACACUUCACUUCCUGCUGACCGAAGCCCUGCAGCUGCUGAGCAGCAGCCAGCGUCCGCCCCAGUGCCACCAGGUGUUCCGAGGGGUGCAGGGCCUGCGCUUCUGGCCUUCGGGGACCAGGGCAACUGUCAGGCUGGGGGGCUUUGCCUCUGCGUCCCUGAAGAGGCAUGUGGCCGAGAGAUUUGGGACAGACACCCUGUUUGGCAUCUGCACCUACCUUGGGGUCCCCAUCAAGGGCUACUCCUUCUACCCUGGGGAGGAGGAGGUGCUGAUCCCUCCCUUCGAGACCUUCCAGGUAUUCAACGCCAGCAGGUCGGCCCAGGGCUCCUCUCGUAUCUACCUCCAGUCCAAGGGGAAGAGCAGCACAUGCAACUGCGAGUACAUCAGAGACAGGCAGUGCAAGUCUGAGCGCUGCCGUCUGGAUAGCUCAGCCGUGGGUCAGAGGCCCGUUCCUGCAGUCUGGUCCCUUCUACUGCUGCUCUGGUUCCUCGUUGGGGAGGUCUUUCCAGAGAGUCCAGGCCUCCUCUAAUCCAUCAGCCACUGAACAGCCCUGCCUGUCGCCUCUGCCCAACAUGAGGAUGUCAGCCACAUGCGUGCUCUGAGUGUGGCCAAGAUCUCGGGGAACUCCAUCUACAGGAAACUCUGGGAUCUUCUCUGGUGACUGCCGGGCCUGCCAGCGGGAAGAAGAAAAUGUGGGACUGAGCCUCUCCCAGGGUUCUAGGAGUCAGAUGCUGAAUAGAGGUGGGGGGCCAGGAGGACAGGUAACCCCUCACUUGGAAAUAGAAGAUUAAAGUAUUUGGAGGCAUGGUGACUGGGGAGAAAAGUACUUGGCCGUGGUAUUCACUGAUGUUAUUCAAAUGCCUUCCAUGUGCACCUGGACAGCUCCUCUUCGCUCUUCCAGGAAGCCUUCUCUGACCUCUCCUCCCUGCUAAAUUAGGGGCCCUGCCUCUGGUCUCCCACCCCCAGCUGUGAACUUCUGAGGACGGGGACUGUGUCCAAGGUAAAGAGGUGGCACCAGAAAAUGUGUGGAAGUCAGUAAGGAACAAACACCUUGUGACUGGCUGGUCCCUGUCCUUCCCCUACCUUGGGCAUCUUCAAGUUCUCCAGAUGUCACUGUGUGACGCUCACAUAGUGAGAGCAGGGAUGGACUGGACCUAAGUCCAGAUGGGGGAGAGAAGGAGAACGGCAGAGAGAGCUUUAGGGAUCUCAACCAAAGCCCAGUCAUUUUCUUGUCAGCAAAGAUGUAAUUUCCACUCCGA